AUGUCGCCCCCAACGCAUGUCGCCGUACUCGCGACGCUGUUCCUCUCUCUACCCUGGGCUGCCUCUGCUGGCCGUCAAGUAAAUCAGUACUAUACCACCAACGAUGACCUCUUCCUUCGAUCAGACCCCUUCGCCGCGUACGAGAAACGACCCGAGGACUGUCCGCCAUGUUUCAACUGCAACCUAGACGACUUCGUGUGUCAACAGUUUGGCAACUGUACCCAGAGUAGUGGGCGAUGUUCUUGCCCUCCUGGCUUUGGCGGCGAGGACUGUAGUCUGCCUUUGUGCGGUUCGCUGGCCGAUGGGAAGAAUCGCAUACCACGAGAGGGUGAUACUUGCCAAUGUAGAGAGGGUUGGGGAGGCAUCAACUGCAACGUUUGCCAGACGGAUGAUGCAUGCAACGCUAUGGUGCCGCAGGGUGAGGGAGGCGUAUGCUAUCGGGAAGGAGCUGUUGUCAAGGAAAACUUCCAGAUGUGCGACAUCACGAACCGCAAGAUAUUGGAUACCCUCAAAGAUCAGAAACCCCAGGCAACAUUCAGCUGCAACGCCGAAAGAGCGGAGUGUAAUUUCCAAUUCUGGGUGGACCAAAAGGAAAGCUUCUACUGCGCGCUUGAUACCUGUACCUGGGGAUUGAAAGCUGAGGAAGAGAGGAACACCACGACUUACAAGUGCGAGAACAUUGAAUGUGCUUGUGUACCGGGGCGGAUGUUGUGUGGCUCAGAGAACAGUAUCGAUAUCUCUGACUUCCUUGAGGAGGAAAUCAAAGGUCCUGCUGAAUUCGUAUCCGUCAGCACUGAGGGCGGAUCCGGCGACGACAGCAGCAGCUUCUCCGAGCCCGCGAUGAAUGGUCUAAUCUCAAGCGUAUUUGGAGACCGCAGUAUUCUGCUCAAUUGCCACAGCGGAGAAUGUCUCUACAAACUAGAUGUUCCUGGCUACGAGAGGCCUAUCAAGACGAUCAACACGCCACUCAUCGCAGGGGUGAUUGCCGGCUGUGCGCUGUUCGUCGUCGCGGUGGUCCUGCUAGUGUUCUUCCUGAGUCGCCGGGGCAUAAAGAGUCGAAAGGGAUACAUCCACCUGGGAGACGACGAAGAGGAGGAGAAUGCGCGACUACUGGCGGACCAUAAGCCUGCGUCGCUCUACUUCGAGAACGUUUCCUACGGCCUCAAAGACAAGCAAAUCCUGUCCAACAUCACUGGAAGCGUGCAUCCAGGAGAGCUGUUGGCGAUCAUGGGAGCAUCCGGUGCCGGCAAAACGUCGUUCCUGGACAUCCUCGCUCGCAAGAACAAAAGCGGUACUAUCAGUGGCGAUUUCUGGCUGAACGGAGAACAAGUCGCCGACGCUGAGUUCCGGAGCGUCAUUGGUUUUGUCGAUCAAGAUGACACCAUGCUGCCGACAUUGACUGUUCACGAGACAAUCCUGGACUCCGCCUUGCUCCGUCUCCCCAAGAAAAUGAGCAGAGCGGCCAAGGAGCAGAAAGUAGAAGAUGUGGAGCGCCAGCUUGGUAUUUACAACAUUAGGCACCAGAUCAUAGGCUCAGAGGAGAGCGGCCGUGGCAUUUCUGGUGGUGAGAAGCGUCGUGUCAGCAUCGCCUGUGAACUCGUAACCAGCCCAAGCAUCCUGUUUCUGGACGAGCCCACUUCAGGCCUCGAUGCUUACAACGCCUUCAAUGUUGUUGAAUGUCUUGUCACCUUGGUCAAGACCUACAACAGGACUGUUGUGUUCACCAUCCAUCAGCCACGUUCAAACAUCGUUGCCCUCUUCGAUCAGCUCAUCCUCCUGUCGCUAGGACAGACAGUGUACUCUGGGCCAUUCAAGGAAUGUCAGAGCUACUUCGACAGCAUUGGAUACACCUGUCCACCUGGGUUCAAUAUUGCGGAUUACCUCAUUGAUUUGACGAUGCACGCCAGCGCUCCGACAGACCAAGAUGACCUCGAUGAGGCAUUGAUUGGCGCGGAGGGAGAUGGCAGGACAACUCGUGCCAGCUCGACUAUGGCCAUCAAGAGCAUACCGAGCGUCAGCAAUGUCAGCAUGGGCGACGAGUCUGUUGGUUCUGGCGAACGAGAAGGCCUCCUGCGACCAAAGUCAAAGCGGAAGACUAGUAUACGGCAACAACAGGAGCGACAGCUCUACUCUAGAAAGAACACUGCGGAACAGGCCACACCGGCAAGUGUCCGGAGCGAUGGAGACAGCACGUUUGAGCGAGACAUGGAGGGAAGCCAUCAGCAAUGGCUCAAAAUGUCGAGGCAGCAGCCUCCUCAGAUUGCUGAAGACGGACAUGACUUUCCGCCAUCACUGGACGGAGCAACUGGUACAAACUUGGACUAUCUCGUGUCUUCCUACCAAGGAUCCGAAGUGGCCUCGAAAUUGCGUAGCAGUAUCCGGGAUGCCAUAUCGACUGCUCAGGCCGAUAACGGUCACCCGGCAGGAUCUCCGAACGGUGCUACACCUGGUAAGGUCAAGGGCUUUCAGAAGCCGUGGAUUCACUCGCAAUUCUUCAUCCUCUCCCGUCGGACAUGGCGGAAUCUCUACCGCAACCCUAUGCUUAUGCUUACGCACUACGCGAUUGCCAUUGUGUUGGCUGUCUUCCUCGGAUUCCUAUUCUAUGGCCUGACAGACGAUCUGAAGGGCUUCCAGAACCGUCUCGGGUUCUUCUUCUUCCUUCUCGCGCUGUUCGGCUUCAGCACAUUGACCUCGCUCACGGUCUUUGCUCCCGAGCGUCUUCUUUUCCUGCGAGAGCGUGCCAAGGGCUACUACUCGCCGGCUGCAUACUACUUGUCCAAAGUGGUCUUCGACAUCGUACCUUUGCGACUCAUUCCGCCGAUCAUCAUGGGCUGCAUUGUCUAUCCCAUGACUGGCUUGAUUCCCAGCUGGGAGGAGUUCCUCAAAUUCAUGCUGUUCCUAGUCUUCUUCAAUCUCGCAGCGGCCAUGGUCUUGCUGUUCAUCGGCAUCUGCGUCCGCAAUCAAGGUGUCGCGAACUUGCUCGGCGUGCUGGUCAUGCUCUUCAGUCUGCUGUUCGGUGGAUUCUUGUUGAAUCACGAGACGAUUCCAAAACCAGUCUUGUGGUUGCAAAACGUACGUAUCCCCUCUCCGCUUUUUCUUCACAACGUAACUCUUUCGCUGACAUUUCAAAUAGCUGUCCAUCUAUCACUACGCAUUCGAAGGCCUGAUCGUCAACGAAGUCCGCUACCUAUCCCUCGUGGACAAGAAAUACGGCCUUGACAUCGAAGUUCCCGGUUCCGCCAUUCUGUCCAGUUUCGGGUUCAAUGUCCUGGCUCUGUGGGAUGAUGUUCUUGGGCUGGGAAUUUUCUGUGCUGUUUUCUUGGGUUUGGGAUACCUGGCGAUUCACUUUUUGCUGGUAGAGAAGAGGUAG